CUAACUACGACUGAUUCUUUUUUCUCUCUCCCAAAACCCCUUUUUUUUUCAGUUCUUUCUCCCUAAGCAAGUAAAGCACUAUCCAUAGAACUAGAAUCUCCCAAACACAAGUUUCAGAAUCCAAUAACAGUUCCCAAAAGCAAAAACCCUAACUAACUACUCCAAGAAUCAAUCUCUUCUAAUUCCGUUUUAAUUCCAAUUUAUUAUUUAUUAAACUCUCUUUAAUGGACUUUAUUAUUUUUACGCUCGAAUUUAAAUUAACUCCAUUUUUCGCACAAACCUGAACUUUCUCUUUCUCCAUUCCUCCAAUCUUCCAUGGCGGAAACUGGUUUAUCGCUGAUGGAUCCCAACGCGAAGAAGAAGAAAAAAACCGUGCAGUUUUCUUCUUCUUCUUCUCCUUCUCCACUUGCAAUUUUUUCGAGAAAAAGUUUGUUUUAUGAUAGGCUUCCUUCACUGCCUUUGAGACUCUCUGUUCUCAAAUUAGACGGUUCUUCGUUCGAUAUUCAGGUUUCGAAGAAUGCGACUAUUGCGGAGCUUAAGGAUUCAGUGGAAGCUGUUUUUAGUUAUAUGCCUCAGAAUGGUCCGGGCAAAAUUUCAUGGCCACAUGUUUGGGGACAGUUUUGUUUAUGCUAUGAUGGACAUAAGCUAGUUAAGGAGGAGGAUUAUCUUAGAAACUAUGGUGUCAAGGAUGGUGACCAGCUCAAUUUCAUCCGCCACACAUCAAAUAAUUUCGGUGUUCAAAGAAAGCGAUCAAAGAAAAGAGUUUUCCAUUUGAAACAACACAGGAGGUCACAAGUGAAUUACUGCAAACAGAAAGAAAAUAGCGGCGACGAUGACGACGACGAUGACGAUAUUAGUUCAGAUGAGAAUGCAAAGGUCAAGGAUCACACUAAAGAAGUGCAUGUUGCAAAGAACAAGAUAACUGGCUUUAUGGGAUUUGUUAUCCACACCACUAGCAAUUGUGAGAAAAACAAAAACUCAAAACCAGAUCUUCCCAUCGACAAUUUCCAGGUGUUUGCUUGGCAGUUUCAGGAAGAUCAGAAGGAUUGUUUGUUUCGGAAAGAGACAGCAAUAUUCUAUUUGGAAACGGUACUAACAAUAUUUAGGUGCGGUAUAGAUCCAAUUGACAUCCUUGAUUUGGAUGCUACAAUUGAACCCAUAUCAGUUUGGUUGUUGUGUAUAGAAAUUCUGGUUCUAUUUGCCCGUAUUGGAAAAUUCUUGGAUAAAUUUUUUUAAUCGUUGGCUAACUCUCUUUGUUUCAAAAUACAUGAAUUUUCAAUGUAAUGAUGAUUAUUAUCUUUCAAUCGGAUAAUUUAAUUGUUACUAAUACACUACUUUUAACACUUUAGAUUAAUUUAAUACACAAAUGCUUUUCUCUUUUCAUUGUACAAAUUAUUAUUAUUUUUUUAAUUAUCAUUAAAGUUGGAGCUGUAACAUUAGGUGCAGGGCCACGAAUUUGAAUAUGCAACAUUUCAUUUGUUAUUUUUUUUUUGUAAUGUCCACUUGUUCAUCUUUAAAGAUGAACUUUAGCCAAUAGACUAUUUGAAUUUUUUUUUACUUUUUUUUUUGACCAAGAAUUUUUUUUUACUUAAUACACU